UAUAUUUUCCUUUUCCACCAUUCCCACCGCCGCUUCGUUCGCCGGCGAUCGAUGAGCGCGGCGGAGCUGUGCGACGCCCUCGCCGCCGCCGGGUUCGACGGCGACGGCCCACUCGAUCUGGACAGCCUCGAGUGGCCGUUCCUCCAGGGGGACGACGCCCGCCGCCUUCUCGCCUGGGUCUCCUCCAGGCUCCGCCCCGCCAACGUCCUCUCCGCCACCGACCUCGCCCUGUAUGAGCAGCUUGAACUAGAAGGGAAACUUUUGGAGGGGGAGGACUUAGACUUUGCGUUUGACAGUAUUUCGGCCUUCUCAGAGACUGGAGAAAACCAGGAAGACACAUUUCUGACAGAAGAAAGUCUUGAGCACAUCCGUGACUCAAAGCUUACACUCAGAGCUGAAGUUUCUGAUUUGGAAAGGCAGCUUGCUUCUCUUGAAUGGCAGCUUGAUAUGCUUACAGCACAAGCUACCACCAUUACUCAGGGAAAGAAGUCACGUGUAUCUGCUAAAACUAAUCCUAAUAUACAAAUUUCAAGAUUAGAUGAGAAACUUGCUAAGAGAAGUUUAGAGAUGAAUUCAUUACUUGGAAAACUUGCUGCUACCACCCAGGAGUUGUCUUAUUAUCAUUCAGAAGCUGAUAUUGGAAUUUACCUAUCAUACAGUGACUUCCAGUCUUACAUAAUCCAAAAUUUGGCUUGUAUCAAGGAACUAAACAGAUGGUUCUCCAAGAAGUUUGAGAAGGGACCUCUCCAAUUUGUUGCCAAAGAAGACAUGUCAAGAGGAGAUUAUGAAGGGUCACACCAUCUUUCUGUUGAACUGAAGCGAAUUAAUUCCAUAUUCGCUAGAAGCAAAAGACAGUACAUAGAAGCACAAGCAGAAUAUGCUAAGGAGGAGGCCAUACUCUCAACGCUUAGAACCCAAUUGGCAUCCCAGCAGUCACUUGUUCAUCAGGAUGUUCAUUCUCUAAGGAGGAGAAACUCUGAGUUUGCUGAAGAGCUUAGGGAUCUUUCACUUCAAGUGAAGAGAUGCCUAUCUGAGAUUAUUACAAGCCUGUGUGCUGACCUUGCUCAACUUGAGGGUGCAAAUAUUUUGCAAGGGGAUCAUAAUUUGAAGGUUCUGCGUCAGGAAUGCUACAUAAGCCAGCAGAAAAGGUUCAUCAAUUAUCUGGUUAAUCAACUUGCUGCUCAUCAGUUUCUAAAGAUAGCUUGCCAGAUUGAAGGACGGGCAAAAAUGUCAAGUGCCUAUUCACUGCUAAAAGCAGCAGCAAUGGAGCUGCAGGGUUACUUCUCAGUUGUUGAUGGCCGUCUGGACCGAUAUCAUUUAAUUGGUCAAGCUGCAUCUGUAAUGCUUGAAGAAGGAUCUAUUGAUGAUCGUGAUACUUUUCUUCAUGCUGUGAGGGAUAUUCUUAGUACUCACUCAGGUGCUCAAGCAAUGACUCCAUCAUAUGUUUCAGCAUAUGGUUUAGUUGAGCAGAUCUCAGAUCUGCAAAAUGAGCUCGAGUAUCUUCAUCAUGAGCUUGAAAAUGUUCUUCCACGUGAACGCAAAAGAUGUAUCGAUGAACUAUGCAGGAUGAUCCAAACACUCGAGCAAAUUCUGUCUGUACCAUUUACAUAUGUGCAACCAACAUUGACACCAUGGCCUGUAGCACAAUCGCUUGAAGAAUUGGAAAUAAUCAACCAGCAAGUCUCUGCUUGUGUUAACGAAGUAACGAUGGCUCGAGAUAAAAAGGCCAAGAUGUUACAACAACCUUCGCGCAAUGUGCAGCAGGAAAGACGAGUAUUUGUCGAUUUCUUCUGCCACCCAGGACGGCUUGAGAAUCAAGUCAGAGAGAUGAGUUCCCAUGUUAGAGCACUCCAAGAGUGAUCUUCGAUUUUGCUGUGAAGAAGGGCCCAAUAAAUAAUUCUUUUGAUUCUUAAAAAAUCAGCAUCGUGCACCCUGUCUUCUGUUGGCAGAAUGCAGGCUUUUUGCAGUUGUAUAUCCUCAGCAUAAAAAAAUUUAGAGUUAUGGUACAGAUUUUCUUCUAUAUCGUCCAUAAAAAUAUACGCAGCCUAGUGCUUCAAGAAUAACUGAUGCCGUGUUUAAGAUGUUCGGCCAAAAUUUUACAUAUUUCGCCUGUAAAGAUGCUAAUAACAAAACAAAUUAUAGAUUCUACCUGUAAACUGCGAGACGAGUUUAUUAAGCCUAAUUAA